GUUUGCAGUCCUCACUCGAAUCUAAACCCUUUCUCCUCCUUUUCCAUAUUCUCAGUUCUCUCAGUUUCCAACUUCUCCAUUUCAGAGCUGGUUUUCUCCUGUAGAGCUUCAAAUCUCCCAUCUUCUUUAAUCUUCAUGGGUGGCGUAUCUUCUUAAAGACUUUUGAUUCAAAGAGUUGGUCUUAGUGUUUUGCAAUUAUGGGGGGUUGGCAAAGGCAUAUACAAUCUAUCAUUCGUCAUGCGGGUAAAAAAUUGGAGCAAAGCUGUAGUCCUCCACUCAGUUUACCAAGUGCUCGUAUAAAUGCCGCUUCUACUUUAGGUCAAUUUCGUUAUCUACACAGAACAUCAAACACAUCUCCGACAAACAUUCUCAGGCCUUUUCACCAGUAUUUGCAGCAAUCGGGAAUUUCUUCUUCAAGGAAGUUGCUUUCAGAAGCAUCCUCUGACCAAACGCCUGUAGCAAAUCCACUGUCGUCACCUGUUUUGCAAAUAGGUGACGGGACAACUGAAACCCAAGCCGUGGUCCCUAAACGUGCCAGCGUUCAGGCAGUGUUGAAGGACAUAAAACAGAGUCCCAAAAAGGUUAAUCUGGUGGCUGCAUUGGUUCGUGGAAUGCGAGUGGAAGAUGCUCUAUUGCAACUGCAGCUUACAGUAAAGCGAGCAUCAAAGACUGUUUAUCAGGUUAUACACUCAGCACGUGCCAAUGCAACCCAUAAUCAUGGGUUGGAUAAAGACCGUCUCCUAGUUGCCGAGGCAUUUGUAGGAAAAGGGUUAUUCAAAAAGAGAGUUUCAUAUCACGCAAAGGGAAGAUCUGGAGUGAAAGUACGAGCAGAGUGUAGGUUAACUGUCGUUGUUAGGGAGAUGACCCCUGAAGAAGAGGCUGAGAUAGCCAGACUAAGAGUACACAAUUUCCGCAAGCUCUCCAAGAGGGAGAGGCGAUUGGUUCCACAUAAGCUCAUCGAGACUACCCCUGUAUGGGGACGCAAAAGCAAGCCUAGCAACUCAGAGAAGAGUUCCAUGGCUUGAAGCAGAAUUUUCAAGAAACAAUCUUCUUGCAGAACCAACCACCUUGGUCUAAAUUUGAUGGUAGAGGGGGACAGUUUUGCUUCAAUUUAAGAGAAAGUAGUUUGUUUUUGUACCUAGGGUUUAAAUUAAAAUUAUUCUGCUAGUUGGUUGUGUACUCUUCUGCCGAGUAAGGGUUAUUUCAGAAACAAGUUGCUGGCAGAUCUUAUAUUGGAGUAGUACUGACAUGAAGUAGACAUUUUAGCUUCACAAUUUUAAGAGCAAUAAGUUUUGUAUUUUUGGGGCAUUAAAUUUUCUUCUGGAA